UUGCAUGACGUGUACUCUAAAACUCCCACUCAAUACUCAUUCUCCUUAUACCUCACUUUUAAGUAUUUAGGUCAAGUUCUUGCACAAACAAAAGCAUAAUUAUUAGCAUCUCCACAACAACAUUAAGCACAAUCAAACACCAUUUUAUCAAUGGAUCAAGAAAACAUAUUGACCCGCAACAUCUCAUCAUGGGAAACAAGAAAACCCACUUGCCAUGUUCCAAAUUCAUUAUCCAUUGAACAAAAUGACAAACUCAAGUGCAAGUCUCUUAUUGAUGAUGAUGACGAUGAAGCCAAAGAGGUAUUAGAGCAUAAUAAUCACGAGAAUGAUAGUUACAAGGUUGAGGAAAUUACGGGGCGUGAGAAGUUGAAGAGGCAUAGGGAAGAAGUGAAGGGAAAGAUUGAAUUACCAAAAAAUUGGGAGAAGGAAAAGAUGUUGAAGGAGUGGGUGGAUUAUACUACGUUUGAUGCAUCAUUUGCUCCUCAUAAAUUGAUUGUUAUUGCUCGUGAUGCACUUAUUGAGGAUGCACGUAAAGCAAGGUCACAAAGAUUAAGGAUCCACACUUAGUUUGUUUAAUUUAUUUCUUUUGAAUUAAUGUUCUUGCUUUUCCAUAAUAAUUAUUCAUGAAUUCAACGCUGCUUUUUCUCAUUGUUGUUAUUUGGCUCAACAAAUGGGAAAGAAAUUAGAACAAAGCAUAUAGUAUGUAACAUGCAUUUUGUGUGUGUUUAUAGAAUCUUUUUCAGAUCUAAUUUUCUUCUUCUUUUUUUAAUAUUGAUCACAUGUCUUGUCUAAUAUGUAUGCACGAAUCACCACGUAGCCCAAAAUAAAACAUGCAAACCUAAAACCCAAGUUCAAAAGUUUAAAAAUUGAAUGAACAUCAUAUAAUUUUUUAGUGUAAA